AUGUGGGGUUGCUUCCGGAGGUGCCACAUCGUGAUCUUGCCAGCUGCUGCGCUGCUAAAAACCGUCUCCCAGGCCAAAUGGACCAAGCGUGCUCUGGCAGAAGUAGGUGGAUGCCUCAGCCCUCCCGGUCUGGCAGAAGUAGGUCAAUUAGCCCUGAACUGCACGCAUGCCAAGGAUGAGGAGCAGCGCCCCGACUUCUUAGACGUGGUGCGAUUGCUUCGGAGCAUGCGGGAUCUGCCAGAUGCAGAGGUUGAGGCUCCAGCUCCAUUGUCGCCUGUCAAGCCAAACUGUGGGCAGCAGGUUUUUGAGCGACCGCUGCUGUGGUACAUGAAAGUGGUCUGGGUGGAAGACAGGCAAGCGGCGGUUCCUCCCACUAUCAUCGAGUGGAGGGCGGCAGAGAGAGGCUCUCCAAUCAAAGUGCGGAAUAUGACGUUCGGACGCACAGAGUACGAGAGCGUCUUGCAGCCCAUCCUCUCUGACCAGUUGCUGAAGUGCAUCAGUCGCAAAGCCUUCGAGAUCGAAGUGGAAACUGGAACGGCUGGAAAGGCCACAGGUCAAAGUGCUUGGGGAGAACGUAUUCCCUGCACCUUCUACAUCCGAAACCUGGGAAAGAAUGGUAUGGGUGUGGGCACGCUGUCCUCAUGUGCGGCUUUAAGGUCGAACGAUGCGUUGCCGCUGAGAGAUGGUGACCACAUCUCGCUCUGCUAUUGUGACGAUCCAGGUGCCGAGAAUCCCAGCUGGGUGCCCUUUCUGGUCUUUCAGUUCCGCCUCACCGAUCCGGAGGAGCCGAGUAGCUGUGCAGUCCUCAAAGACACGCGGAAAGCCGGUGGAUACGAUGCCAAGCAAGGUUUUAUCAAGCUGCCUGUGGCACCCAUUGCUGGCAAAGCGUGA